AUGGCCUUCAAUGGCAUGCACCCUUCCUUCUUCCCUUCUAACUUCAUCUUGUCCAAUGACUUCACCUUCAACUCUCCUUUCUUCAAUUCCAAUCCUCAAGACUUGGGAGGUGUUAGAGCAAUGGUGUGGAGGAAAGAGGGCGAAGAGCACAACGGAGACGAUGAUUUCUCCGAUGAUUGCUCAACCGGAGGGGAGAAGAAAAGGAGACUGAGUGUGGAGCAAGUGAGAACAUUAGAGAAAAACUUCGAAUUCGGUAACAAGUUAGAGCCAGAGAGAAAAAUGCAGCUAGCUCAAGCUCUCGGCCUUCAACCGAGACAAAUAGCCAUUUGGUUUCAGAACCGAAGAGCUCGGUGGAAGACGAAGCAACUAGAGAAGGAUUACGAUCACCUACAACAUCUCCUCGAGGAGGCUAAAUCGGAGAAUUUAGCCUUGCAAGCCGAGAAUCUUAAGCUUCAAGCAGAGAUAUUGGCAUUGAAAAGGGAUGGAAGUAGCAGAAGCAAUCAAUAAUAACGCCAUUAAAGACAAUGAAGGAUCUUGUAGCAACACAAGUGAUAACACCUCUGACAUGCUCAACUUGGGCAUAUUAAGGACAAUGUCAAGCAUUGAGACAUCUUUGGAUGCCAAACAAAGCAUCUCAUUCUUCUUGUCUUCAAACAAAACUGAUCAUGAACUUGCACUUUGCUCGAAGAUUGAAGAAGAAGCCGAAGAAAUAGUCUUACCUGAUGAGAGUUUCGCUAACAUGUUAUCCAUCAUCGACGAUGAUCGCGAUGGGGCCGGUUUCUUGCCAUGUGUUUGAACUCAAUAAG